GCGGGAGGCGGCGGCGGCGCCGCGCUCGCCCCGCUGCCCUGGAUGACGGGCGGCCGGUUCGACUUCGACGAUGGCGGCACCUACUGCGGCGGCUGGGAGGACGGGAAAGCCCACGGGCACGGCAUCUGCACCGGGCCCAAGGGGCAGGGCGAGUACGCCGGCUCCUGGUCCCAUGGCUUCGAGGUGGCGGGCGGCUACACCUGGCCCAGCGGCAACACCUACCUGGGCUACUGGGCGCAAGGCAAGCGCCACGGUCUGGGCGUGGAGACGAAGGGCAGGUGGAUGUACCGCGGCGAGUGGUCUCACGGCUUUAAGGGGCGCUACGGGGUGCGGCAGAGCCUCAGCACGCCGGCCCGCUACGAGGGCACCUGGAGCAACGGGCUGCAGGACGGAUACGGCGUAGAGACCUACGGGGACGGAGGUACGUACCAGGGGCAGUGGACAGGAGGGAUGCGACAUGGAUACGGUGUGCGUCAGAGCGUACCCUAUGGCAUGGCCACUGUGAUCCGUUCGCCCCUCCGAACGUCUCUAGCUUCACUUCGGAGUGAGCAGAGCAACGGCACUGUUCUGCAUGACGUCACCUCAGACAGUCCGGCUGGAACAAGAGGAGGUUUUGUGCUCAAUUUUCACAGUGAUCCAGAAGCCAUGGGCAUUAAGAAAAAAGGAGGCUUGUUCAGAAGAGGAUCCCUUCUCGGUAGUAUAAAACUUAGAAAAUCAGAAUCUAGGUCAUCGAUAUCUAGCAAACGGAGCUCUGUCAGGAGUGAUGCUGCUAUGAGCAGAAUUAGUUCUAGCGAUGCCAACUCUACAAUUAGUUUUGGAGAUGGUGACUGUGAUUAUAGCCCUAUGGAAGACCAUGUCGAUGCCACCACUACAGAAGCCUAUAUGGGUGAAUGGAAGAAUGACAAGCGCAGUGGUUUUGGUAUCAGUGAGCGUUCAAAUGGUAUGAAAUAUGAAGGAGAAUGGCUGAAUAACAGGAGGCAUGGAUAUGGAUGUACGAUGUUUCCAGAUGGCACCAAAGAAGAGGGAAAGUAUAAAAAUAACAUUUUGGUCCGUGGAAUAAGAAAGCAACUUAUACCAAUACGAAACACAAAAACUAGAGAAAAGGUGGAUAGAGCAAUAGAGGGUGCACAGCGAGCAGCUGCCAUGGCGAGAACCAAAGUGGAAAUUGCAACUUCAAGAACCGCACAUGCAAGAGCUAAAGCUGAUGCUGCGGAUCAGGCUGCUCAGGCUGCUCGACAGGAAUGUGAUAUUGCAAGAGCAGUUGCCAGAGAACUUUCACCAAAUUUCUACCAACCAGGCCCUGAUUAUAUCAAACAAAAAUUUCAAGAAGGAAUGGAUGGGAAAGAAAAAUCUGAAGAAAAAGUUCAGGAAAACCCACCUACCCCAAAAGAGUCACCUCACUUUUAUCGAAAAGGUACUACACCCCCUCAAACCCCAGAAGCAAGUCCAAGGCAUAGUCCUCUUCUUUCUUCUGACACUUCUCCUUCAAAACAACUGAAAAGGCAAAGCUCCAAUUCUGGGGCAAGACUCAGUCAAGAAAAAAAGCUUUUAGCCACUGAGAAUAUAACACCCACAACUAACAAGCCUUUAUAUUCAAAAGCACCAGUGAAGGAGGAAGUAGCUGUGAAACACCAGCCAAAGUUUUCAGCCCAGCACAAUCCCAUCAGCACAGAGAAUGGGGAGCUGCAUGGUCACUACCACGGCUAUUAUGUAAAAAUGAAUCCAUCAGUGCUUCCACAGGAGCUCAGGGAAGAGGAUGAAUAUGUCAACCCAUCGCCAUCAACACUUGCACGAAUACCGCCCUCUCAGAAGCCAAGUCCUGCUAGAUCUGGGGGUAAGACAGAUGCCAAAGAAAACAAACCUGACACAAAAAUUAAGAAACCAGAAUAUCCUGCACCAAAGAAUCCAGCUAAUAAUGAGUCACAUUCAGCAGUGGAAAAAGAAGUAGGAAACAGCUCGGGCCCUAACUCAGUCAUGAUCGCCCUGGUAAUGCUGUUGAAUAUUGGUUUAGCCAUUCUUUUUGUCCAUUUUCUAACUUGAUUGGAAUUAGGAAAGUGAAGUCAUGACAACUAGUGGUGUUAGCCCACAGUUCUCUGCAGUUGUGUCAUCAGCCUUUUAAAUGGCACCUGUCAUACUCAGACACAGGGAAGGAGGCUUGGAAUUAGGAUGGGACGCAAGAGAUAUGAAACUUGGAAAAUUCAGCCAGGGGCUCAAAUCAGUUUCUCUGCUGAUGGCUCGUGGCUUUGGGGUCUUCUGAAAGCUGAAGCAAGCAACCAUGUUGGAAAACAAACAAAAUAAUCUGCUGAAGCAGCCCUGCCAGUGAAGUGCGUUGGCUUCUCCAUCUGUUCCAGCAGAGUGUGACUAAACUGGAAAUGUACGGAGCUGCACUUUUUGUUGAUGGAAGCUAACAGCUGCCUUACUAUUUUACCGUCUGAUGUUUUUAGUGGGGAGAUGGGAAAACGACUGCCAGAGGAAUGUGGUCAGAGGAUUCUGUUGCUGUGGAAGUGAUUCCAGCGUUCACUCCUAUCUCAUUAGAAGAAAUAGUUAGCAGCAUCAGUCACCAGUCUUAUUCCAUUACCUGCUGCUUUUAACAUCUCCUGCAGUGUUCUGGGAGAUCGAAUUUCAUUUGCCUUUGCAUGAUUCUGUUCAUUUGUUGUUUAUGAAAUUUGAUGUAUAGCCAUAACGUAGUGUUUGGUCCAGCCUGGAGAAAGCUACCAGUUCUGCCUAGCAGCAGAAGCAGAAAAUCAAAUAUCUUUUCCUAGUCUAAAGAUAAAAUUCUUAAAUUCAUUUUCCUAAACCUGAAGAGUCAUUUUGCUUUAAGGUUUAGAAAGUAAUAUACCAUUACUGCAAAAUUUAAAGACGAUGAUAUCUUCCUAAAAAUGCUUCCAAAAUGCUUCCAAAGCAAGCAAAAUUUUUCAUAAUAAAAGAAUAAGAAUCUUAUACUGGUACCAGCACAUUCUAAACAGGAGGUGAAUAUCAGAGUAAGCCAAGAAAGAUGAGCUAUAGGGUUUGCAUGCUAACUUUUUUUUCUUUUUUCUUUUUCUUAAUUCUGGUGCUGUGGUAAUUGGUGAUUUCAAUUAUUAUGUAUCAACACUGAGGUAUUUUGCCAGCGGUUAAAAUAAAGUCUUGUCUGGGUGCACAUUAAUGCCAGUGACAGUUAAGCUAGUUAAUGCUCAUAUUAAAUCAUCAUAAUUUUAAAAUACUAGAUUUGUGUUGAAUACAUUCAGGUAGAGCGUUUAAAAAUGUUAAAUGAUUGUUUAUUGAUUUGAUGCCUUCAGUGUCUUUAAAAUCCAUAUAUAAUUUUACCUCAGCAUUAAAAAAGCCUCAAAAUUUUUCAUUUGGAAGGUUUGUCUUAAGUAGUUUCAUAGCCCUUUGUUCAAACGAUGUGAUCAUGUUUCUUUUUAUGUGCCAUUAUACUGUAAUUAUUGUACCCUAUAUUAAUCAAAUGCAUGCUUAUUUACUGAAUAUGUGGUGUGAUCAUUUGGCAAGUAAAUAUUUUAAUUUAAAGCUGCAAAAAGCAAAGGGCUUAUAUUAUGGUUUAUUUUAGCUCUAUUAGAAAAUCUUUCAUACAGUAUAGUUUUUGAACCUGUUUGUAAACUUUCUAAGUUUUUGCAUGGUUUAAUGGGCAACAUUCUUACAAAAUACAUUAGCUAUUUUUGGUUCAGCAUAUUAAAGUACCAUAGGUAUGGACUGAAUAUUGUGCAGCGAAGCAGCUCUGAGCAGGGCAGUAACACCGUGGUGUUUUUUACAGAAGUAUGUUGAGAAUCCUGUGUUUUGACCAGUGUGGAUAAAGAAGAAAGCAGAAAGAGAGCAAAUGAAAAUAAGACUUGUAUAUUUAUUUUUUAAAAAAAGUUUAAAUUGUGUUUUAAAUUUAGGAAAGUAAUUUUUAAAUAAGAACAAAAUUUUAAAAGUUACUGUGUAAGCCUUGACUUAAUGGAUGAAGUGUUCCAUCCCACAGUUAAAUAACCCCGUGUCUCCUGACAUGAGGAGGUAAUUUUGUAACUGACAUAUUUAAUUCCUAUUAAAUGUUUAUUUAAAAUACUUUAUGCUCUGGAAAUAAUGGGUAACAAAGCUUAUGAAAAAUGUUUAUAAAUUUAAGUAAGCAUGUUAGUACCAUUUAUAAAUAUGUAUGAUUUAUAAGCUUUUUUAAAACAAAGCUCAGACAAAUCGUUGGUAUUUUUCUAAAAUGUGCACAGUUGUAUUUUACAUGAAAGGCUAUUUAUAAUUGGUUGUUAUACUGUACACUACAUUUUGGACAGCACAAUGAAGCCUGCCAAUGUACUUAAUAAUGUCAUUUUGUCUAUUUGAAGUUUCUUGCUGUCAAAGAAUAACUCUUUAUCUAUGGGUUUCUCUAUUUAUAAUAAAUUCUUGACCCAAAAUGUACAAUGUACAGUUUUCACAACUGUAUUUGCUCUAAUAAAAAUAAGUUGGUUAUUAAUAGAGUUUCAGACUACUUUUU